GUGUGUGUGUGUGUGCGUGUGUCUGAAAUGUGUGUGAAAGCCUGUUUUUCAGCUCUGUUUGCCACCAGCAUGUGUUUGCACCGGCCUCACCCGCCCCUUGUUGCUCUGCUUCAUAGAGGUCUUGUCCUACAGGUUUUCUCACACACCCACACGUAAACACACACACAUGCUUUGUAACAAACACCCACGUGGGGCGUGGAAAGAGCCCGGCCCUUUUAUGCUGCUUCCCUUCCUCUAGUCAGCCUGUUGCUCUCUGCCAGGAAUGAGUGUGUGACAGGUGUCUCUGCAGCGAGGGCAGCAGGCAACCAUCUCGCUAUCAGACACACACACAGACACACAGAGCACACUCAGGAUGGCAGGGGAGUGUGUUCCUGAGGGCCGGGACCUGAAAGAGAUGGGCGAGGAGGAACUGUGGGAGCUGAUCAACGACAACCGCCACCGGAUCUCAUUGGGGGUGCGUCCGUGCAUCCUGAUCCCGUACCUGAGGCAGGCCAGGGUGCUCACAGAGAUGGACGAGGACGAGAUUGUGUCUUGCCACAACCUCACCAACCGCAGCAUGAGAACGAGCUAUAUGUUGGAUCUGCUGAGGACCCAGGGAAGGAACGGUGCUGUGGCCUUGCUGGAGAGCCUGAUGAUCCACUACCCGACCCUGUACACCCAGGUCACUGGGCGCAAACCCAGCACCGAGCCUUCAAGAUUCAGUGGCCUGAUAAAAUACUCUGAGCUGACUGAGUAUCUGAUCAGAGCAGUAACAGGGAUGCAGAAGGAGCUCCAGGAGGCGCGUUGCGAGGCCAACAGAAUGAGUACACGCUGUGCCUCCCUGGAGUCCAAUAUCAGGCAGUUAAUGGGGCAGGAGGAGAAGUCCAGAUGCCUUCAGUCGGAGAACGAACGCAUGCGGAGACACCUGUGCUCUCUGCAGCAUGAGGUCACCAAGCUGAAGGAUGAGAAGUGUGACGUGUACAUGCGCUACACGGCGGCCAUUGAGGAGAAAUCCGCUGUGGGCAUGCGCCUCCAUGACCUCAACCUGCAGGUGUAUCAGCUGCAGACUGAGCUGCAGAAGACACAGACGGAGAAUGAGUUCCAGAAGCGACGCUCCCUCAGGUGUGUCCCUCACACUGAGGGGCCACCGCUGCAACAGGAAGUCAGGAGUCUGCCCUGCCAGCAGGUGAAGGUGGAAAAACUGGACCCAGCUCAUAAGGACAUCCUGGCCCAGGACCUGGCUGAGGCCCUAGACAGCCAGGUGGAGCUUGCAGAGCAUCUCAGGUGUUACAGAGAGGAGAAUGAAAAGCUGGUCACGGAGAAGCAAGGGCUCUUGGAUCAGAAGGAGUGCCUGAGCCUGCAGGUGCAGCAGCUGACCCUGGACAGUAACAUGCACCAGCAGAAGAAUACUGUGAUCCAGAACCAGAUGAGAGAGCUGCAGGCAGAGAGAGACCAGGCAUACCUGUCCAGAGAUGAGGCCCAGGCCAUGAUCGCCCGCGUCCUGGCUGAGAAGGACACCCUGAGGUGUCAGCUGAUGGAGGUCCAAGAGCGAGUCUUCAGCCUGCAGACCAAACACAGCCCCAUAGAACAACUGCCGAGUUGUGAUGACAUGGACUGGGAGAGCCCAAGAUCCAGCUGUGAGGAUUCCAAGUUCCCAUCUCGUCCUAGACUACGUCGCAUGGAUGCACUCAAUCCCAUGUCACCCAGUUCCUGCCAUCCAGAGAGUGAAGAUGUUGUGGCCAGUAGUGUCCGGUCCCGAAACGCAGAACCCCCCGGUCCAGAGUCUCUCCGCAGACGGGAGGAAGUUCUCUAUGCAGACAGCAGCUUGGAGACAGCGGACACUGAUUCUCUGUUGGAGGACUUUGUGUUUCUCCCUGACAUGGGGAGUAAAGACAAGCAGACGCCCAGGCUUUCCUCUUCUAACGACUCCAGCACUGAUAGCGAGUCAAGAACAUCAGCCCCUCCCUUCCUGAUGCGUUCUCGUCAGAAAGCAAUCCGCAUCAAUGGCCGCGUGCUCAGCAUCUCCUUACAGGGAGAGGCCCUGCUCAGCCAGCUGGCAGUGGUAGGAGGCAAUAAGACCGGAGUGUUUGUGCACCAGGUGACAGAGGGGAGCGCUGCCCAUACUGUCGGCAUCAGCCCUGGGGCACAGAUAGUGGAGGUGCAGUACGAGCAGAACCAGAAGGCUCUGAGGAUGGUGCUGGAGGAUUCCACUUUAGAAGAAGCUAUGUGGGCUCUCGGCCAGGUCACGGGCAUCUGUCACCUCUCCCUUCGGCCCAGGCAGGAUGACUAUGAGGCACUGCUGCAUCAGCUGCAGAGCAAUGUGACAUCCUCCGGAGACUCCUUCUACGUACGUGUCAACAUGUCCGUCCCUGCCAGCCCCAACGGAACCCUGGCCGUGUCUUGCAAUGACAUCCUUCACGUGACCAACACACGACCCGCUGGCACUGAGGACUCAUGGCACGCCAGCCAGGUUCACCCCUGUCAGCUGCUGGACCUGCAGAGUGGAACUGUGCCCAACUAUUACAGGGCACAGCGACUUCUGAUUCGAGCAAUUGAAGACAUGAGCUUUCAAAAAAAGAAGUCUCAAAAGUUUUGGCGUUCAGUAGCCCAGAAUAAGGAGAAAGCAGUGAGGAUUGUCAGCACUGGCCGCCAGGGAAGGAACCCACUGUGGGUCAGUGUGGAGGAGGAGAAGACCAAGAGCACCGAUGCAGGUGACACAUCUGCAGCCAAAUGUUGUGUGUCCCUCAUGCCCUACACCCUGGUAACCCCCCACUACCCACCCAUCUGCAGGCCUGUUCUGCUGCUGCCCACAGUCCUGGGUCGCACGCUGAAUAAGAAACUAGCAGGCUGGCAAGGCUUCGAGCUCUGUGAGCCUGAGGUGCUGAGCUCCACUGAGCAUGCAGCUAUACUGCAGAGGUCUGAGAUCCUGGAGGAGUGUGAGCAGGGAAGAAACUGCUGCUACACCCUGCAGGGGGUCGUGAAAGUCAUGAAGAAGGGGAUUCACUGUGUGCUGCCAUUGGGUCUGGACUGCGUGCGUCGGCUGCACCGGGCUGAGAUCUUCCCCAUUAUCAUCUUCAUUGGCCAGUCUGCACGUAGCGCACGUAAACUCAGGUCAAAGCUGCAGCGUCAAGGCCAGUCAGAGGAGCAGUUGCUGGCGUGUUCAAGGAGCGAGGAGCCGCUGCUCGACAAGCUGCCUUGUCUGUAUCACAAUGUGGCUCCAGAUUCCUGGUGUGACCAGGCGUCCCUGCUGACCAGGCUGCGUACGAUCAUCUGGGAGGAGCAGAAGAAGAUCGUCUGGGUGGAGCCUGACCUGUGGUGAUUUGCCGGACAGAACGGCGAGGAAUCUCAGUCACAGAAAAAAUAAUCGAAAGACAGCAGGAAAUGUGAUUUUGCAAAGUUAUUUGUUGGGGGGGAGGGUUAUAUGAUUAUUUCAGAAGACUAUAAAGAAGCUUUACAAGAAAUAUUUGUAAACAUGUGUAUGUAUCUAUGAUACUAAUGAGUAACUGGAUGAAUGAAGGACUCUCAUAAUGUGCAAUAACCUGUGCUAUUGAAAAUUUUAUGAAGCUGUAUCACUUUGUACUGUACCUAAAAACAUUUUCUUUACUGUGUUGCCUCCCUUUUUGAGGCAUUUAUUGAAAGCAAACACUGAUGUGAGGUGACAUUUAUCAUUAAGCAUACUGUAAUGACUUGUAUGUACUGUAUCUCUACAAUAUGUUGUAGAUCAUUUCCCACUAUGAGGGAUUUCUCUUUUACUGCUCUGGGAUCUGUCAUAAUCUUCAUCUAUGUUUAAUUAGAACCCUACAGUCUGUUGUGAUUCGAAAUUUUAUUGUAAUUAGUAUGAGGCUAAUGAAUUGUAUGAAGGUUUUUUCUUCUACGGUAGUGUAAGUUUACAAUUUUGUAAUGACACUUGCGGGGGAGGUGUUGAGAGUCAGUUGAGAGUCUGCAUCAUGAGAGAUCUGAUCUGUUGCCUGUAUGCUGACUUCAUGUUAACGCAGCUCUUUUCCCCUCUCUGCUCACUGGAUGUCCUUUUCUUUUACAUGGUGCUGCCAUAAACAUUCACUUCUAAAAACAUAACUGCAACUAUUCAAAACCAUUCAUGACAUGCCUUAUAAUUUCUGUGAGUGACCACCUGUGGGUGGGCCUAGUUGGGCCUGCCAUGCCCACCCAGUCAGAAGGCUUAAUGAUGGCUCGUUCACUGAAUAACAGUCAGCAAACACUGUAUCAAUUAUCUCACCAGGGAA